GCCAGAUCUUAGCCAUCUGUGGACAGGCAUCGGGUUUCAGAAGGACCUUCGAGCCGGCCGAUGUCAGUCUUCGAGCCUGUGACGCUGCCUGCUGAGCUGAAGGCGGAGAUCCGUCAGCUUGCAGAGGAGCUCGGCCUCAAGGUGGCUGCGGCAGAGGGCCAAGAGGCCCCAGACUUUGGGAGCUCUGAGCCGCUGCGGCUGGCGCCGCAGGUGCACAUCAAAAGCAGCUACCACCGGAGAGCCAUCCACGGCGAGCUGAGGAACCAUCCUGUGUCACCUAGCCGCUCUCCAUGGGACGAGCGAUACCCGCAGUACUGGGUCAAGCUAGACGAGGAACCGGAAGGCUUGGAGGGCAAGCUUCAACAGGAGCAAAGCGAGCGAGCCGAAAGGUUUUACGACCGUCUGAGCGAGAGGCAGUGGUUGCCCAUUCACGACGCCAAGAGCCGUGUGCUGAAAGCCAUUGGCAAGAAUCGUGUCACCCUUGUCGCGGCCGACACGGGCUCAGGCAAGUCCACACAAGUUCCGCAGUACAUCCUGGAUGAAGCCAUCGCUCAAGGCUGGGGUGCCUCCUGCCACGUGGUGUGCACCCAGCCCCGGCGCCUGGCGGCGGUGUCCUUGGCCUCGAGGGUGGCUUGGGAGCGUGGCGAGCGUCCUUCCCAAGCCUCCUGCGGCUAUGUGGUGCGCUGGGAUGAGCGACCUCCCAGGCCAUGGGGCUCCAUUGUCUUCUGCACGGUGGGCUCCUUGCUGCCGCGGCUCUCGCGGCUCGGUGCCUCCCACAUCAUCGUGGAUGAGGCACACACCCGGGACAUCCACACUGAUCUGCUGCUCACGGUCCUUCUCGAGCUUUUGCGCAGCUCCUCGAGCCUGAAGGUGAUCGUCAUGUCCGCCACACUGGACGUCACAAAGUGGCAGCAGCACUUUGCAGACUUCGAUUGUGAGCUGGUUCAAGCGGGGGGCCGGCCCUACCAAGUCAGCACCUACUUCCUGGAGGACAUAGUGGAGCAGCUCCGGUGGUCGCCCCGCUGCGGGAACGAACAAGAACUCGCCGGGGUGUGGUCGGAAGUGGACUGCAACAGGGGCUUCAUGGACCCAGUUGGACGCUUCAGCCCAGCUACCCUGGAGACAGUGCGCUCCAUCCCAGAGAACCUGAUUUGCUUUCAGCUGAUCGCGGAUGUGUUGAAGUGGGUCGAUCGAUGGCCGACUUCCGGGGGCGUCUUGAUCUUCCUUCCCGGAUGGCACGAGAUCGCUGUUUGCAUGUCCCGGCUGCAGAAGGAUACAGCAUUGAGCAGCUACGAGUUUGUGCCUUUGCAUAGCACUGUCCCUCCUGCGGAGCAGUAUAAAGCCUUCCACCCGCCCAAGACAGGACGCAAGGUGAUUUUGAGCACUGACAUUGCCGAGACUUCAAUCACUAUCCCAGACAUCAUUUGCGUGAUUGACAGCGGCCUGGCGCGGGUCAAGAAGCAUGCGAACCUUGAGGUGGUGUGGGCCAGCCAGGCCAACCUGAUGCAGCGCGCGGGCCGCGCUGGCCGUGUGCAGAGCGGCAGCUGCGUGCACUUGUUCACGCGCACCCGCUUCUCCAUGCUGGAUCCAGAACCCACUCCAGAAAUGCAGCGGGUGUCUCUGGACGAGGCCGUGCUCUCCGUUUGCGAUCUGGGAUUGGACUAUUGCAGGAACUUGGAUGCGCAAGAUGUCGAAGAGUGGGGCUCCUGUGCCUACGUCAUGAGCUUCUUGAAGAAGGCGCCAGACCCGCCUCCGCCCAAGGACGUUCGGCACGCCUUUCGGGAACUCCAACACGUGGGCGCUCUCGACAAGAAUGGCUGGCUGACUCACCUGGGAGCCUUGCUGGUGAGGCUGCCUGUCUCUCCAGGCCUGGGCGCCGCCUUCUACCUGGCGUCGCUGUUGGGCUGCUCCCAUUCCGCCGCCCAGGUGGCGGCCACGCUGGAGGGCCGCGAGGUUUGGGCGCGCAGACCUUCGGAGGAGCAAGCCGCAGCCCUGAGCUUCUCAGAGGCUUCAGAUGGCAAGAGGUGGAGCGACGUCUUCGCGCUCGCAAAGGCACUAGGAGAGUUUGAGAUGCAGUACCCCAACAAGCAAGCCAGCUGGUGCAAGUGGAACGGCCUCAUCUACCCGGUGAUGCAGCAGCUGUCCAGUGCCCGAGAGCAGCUGAAGAGGACCGCUUGGGAGCUGGCGCGGUUCCAGGGCGAAGGUGGAAGUGAGGCGGUGAGCGACACGCUGGAGGAUGCAUGGCCGAUCCUUCAGACCAUGCUGACACUUGCAUAUGGCUGGAACCUCGGCAAGAUGGAGGGAGGCCGCCGUGUCAAUGCCGGCUGGUCCAAGCCGGCGCGGCUUGCCAAGAACUCUGUUCUGGUCGAUGACGAGCCGCCCUCUCCCUUCCUCACUUACGUGGAGCUGACAGCCAACGGUGGACGAAUCCUUCGUAGCAGCACCAUGGUGACCCCGCAGCAGCUGCUGUUCUGCGGGGGCCGCAGCGGCCUCUACUGGGCGAACGGGGCGGCGAUGUUGGAGAGCUGGCUGGAGGUCGAGGCCGACUUUGAGAGCGCUGCGCUGCUGGCGGCCUUGCGGGCCGCCACCAAGCUGGUGCUGCAGUCCGCGGCAGCGAUGUCUUUGGAGGAGAAGAUGUGGAGGGACAGUGACUGGAACUGGAGUUCAGAGAAAGAGAUGCGCUAUGAGCAGAUCCAGAAGUGGCGGCGCUGCAUCUCGCAGGUGGCGUGCCUGCUGCUCCCAGAGAAGAUCUCCGUUUGGGACAUGCCAUCACGGCCCUUGCCGAUGGAUGUGACCCCAGUGCAUAGCUGGGCUUUGGCAGUUCCAACAGCGCCUCUGACUUUUGUGCAGACUCCUGCAUACCAAUCAGCUGAGACGGAGCUGCCAAUUCAAAUGCCGAUGCAACCUGCCGGCUGGACAGCUCAGAGCUCAGAUUGCGCGCAAAUUCCGGCCGGUUCGCUGCAACCAGCUCUACACUGCUGUCCAGCUGGCCAAACGCCCCAGAAUCAGAACCCGCAGCAGAUGCUGCAACUGUCCCAGACGCCGCAGAACCAGAUGCUGCAACUGUCUCAGAUGCCGCAGAACCAGAUGCUGCAACUGUCCCAGGCGCAGACAUCGCAGGCGCUGCAGAUGCCACAGACAUCGCAGACGUUGCACACCUCGCAGACGCGGCAGCAAUGGCAGGUGCUGAAAAUGCCGCAGAUGGGAUGGGAUCUGCCGCACGGACCUGCUCCUGAUGCGACCCAUUCCACCCUAGGCAACACUGUGCCCCAGGGAGCAUGGUCUUCACAGUCAGCGAAUUGGUCGUGGAGCACAGCUUUGCCACGAGCGCCUCACUGACCGCGGAUUCCAAUCGCUGAUGGCCUCUGGAAAUCCGAGGUUGGUUGAGGCCACAUUGGCC